AUGUCCUACGACGAUAUUGAAAACGCUACUCCUGACAUUGUCAUCGGGUCUACUAUCCCAGACCUGGAGGAGGUAAUCUACGAACACGACAUCGACUCCGGUGCCGAGGAGGAGGCGGAGCCAGCACCAGAGAAAGAGAAAAAGUCCGUGGCGUUUGCUGGAUUAGAAGAUGAAUACGAUGAGGAAGAGGCCCGCAGAGAAUUUGAAGAAGGUGGUGGACUUCCUGAACAGCCUGAGAACCCAGAUUUCUCCAGCUUGACCCCACUCAGCCCUGAAAUCAUCAACAGACAAGCAACAAUCAACAUCGGAACCAUUGGACAUGUGGCUCACGGUAAAUCCACCGUUGUCAGAGCCAUUUCCGGAGUACAGACCGUCCGUUUCAAGGAUGAGUUGGAAAGAAACAUUACCAUUAAGUUGGGUUACGCCAACGCCAAGAUCUACAAAUGUGAUAACGAAGAGUGUGAAGCUCCAGGAUGUUACAGAUCGUUCAAAUCCGACAAGGAGAUCCACCCUAAAUGUCAGCAACCAGACUGUAACGGCCGUUACAACUUGGUUCGUCAUGUGUCGUUCGUCGACUGUCCAGGUCACGAUAUUUUGAUGAGUACCAUGUUGUCCGGAGCAGCCGUUAUGGAUGCUGCUCUUUUGCUUGUGGCUGGUAACGAAUCUUGUCCGCAACCCCAGACCUCGGAGCACUUGGCUGCUAUCGAAAUCAUGAAGUUGAACCACGUCAUCAUCUUGCAGAACAAGGUGGAUUUGAUGCGUGAAGAGUCAGCCUUGGAGCACCAGAAGUCCAUCUUGAACUUCAUCAGAGGUACUAUCGCUGAUGGGGCACCAAUAGUUCCGAUCUCUGCCCAGUUGAAAUAUAACAUUGAUGCCGUCAAUGAAAUCAUCUGCGACUACAUUCCUGUUCCUCCAAGAGACUUUUUGGCAUCUCCCCGUUUGAUUGUCAUUAGAUCUUUCGACGUCAACAAGCCAGGUGCAGAGAUCGACGACUUGAAGGGAGGUGUUGCAGGUGGCUCUAUUUUGACUGGUGUUUUCAAGAUCGGUGAUGAGAUCGAGAUCAGACCAGGUAUUGUUACUAAAGAUGACAACGGAAAAAUCCAGUGUAAGCCUAUUUUCUCCAAUAUUGUUUCCUUGUUUGCUGAGCACAAUGACUUGAAGUUUGCAGUUCCUGGUGGUUUGAUUGGUGUGGGUACUAAGGUUGACCCAACCUUGUGCAGAGCCGACAGAUUGGUUGGUCAGGUUGUUGGUGCAAAGGGUCACUUGCCUUCCAUCUACACAGACAUCGAGAUCAACUACUUCUUGUUGAGAAGAUUGUUAGGUGUCAAGACUGAGGGCCAGAAGCAGGGUGCUAAGGUCCGUAACUUGGAGGCCGGUGAGGUUUUGAUGGUCAACAUCGGUUCUACAGCCACUGGUGCUCGUGUGGUUGCCGUGAAGGCUGAUAUGGCCCGUUUGCAAUUGACUUCUCCAGCAUGUACUGAGGUUAACGAGAAGAUUGCCUUGUCGAGAAGAAUUGAGAAGCAUUGGCGUUUGAUUGGUUGGGCCACCAUCAAGAAGGGUACUACGUUGGACCCUGUGGCAUAA